UUUGCGCGAAAAAUGGUCUGCCUACUAUUGUUGCCCAGUGAGUUAUUAUUUUUAUUAUCGGAGGAGAAAAUUGCGCGCGAGGUUCGAGAGAAUUGUAAAUAGUUUCAGCAGCGAAACUCAAUGUAUUAUUUUUAUUUGCUCUUGUUUGUUCUCAUUCCACUUAACGCCGAUGUGUGCACCGUUAUUUUGUUGACGGCACUUGGUUAUAAUUGCACAUAGUUUUGGGGAUGCACAGACUUAAAACUUUAAUAAAAACAUACGCUAUUGAAAAGGUUAAUAGUUUGAAACAUCGUUUUAUUCUAUUCGAACACCAUACAUACAUCUUCCGUGGCCGGCGUUUUGAUGUUUUCUUCUUCCUAUUUUUAGUUCAAAAUCAUUAA